AAAAAAAAAAAAGAUUUCAUGUAUAGAAAAUAAUAUACGCUGUACAAGUUGCAUAAGUUGAAAUACUUGGAUACUUUUGUUCUCUCUCUCUCUCUCUCUCUCUCUUUCCCCUUUUUUUCUUCUUUCAAUAAUUAUGUAUCAUCAUUCUUAACAUGACUACUCCAUCAACAUCUUUAUUAUCUAUGUCAUCCUCUGAUGAACUAUUUUCAUUAGAAAACAUAUUAGAAUCAAAAGAUAGAUAUUACCAUAGUUUCAUCAUGUAUCUUCAUCAUACUUACUGUAUAGAAAAUAUAUAUUUUUGGCAAGACGUUCAAAAGUACAAAUCAAACCCUACAUUAGAAAUCUAUCAAGCCAUAAUAGAGAGAUACAUUACUGUUAAUGCACCCUAUGAAAUCAAUAUACCUUGUCAUAUGCGUCAGAAUUUGUUAACAUCCCGUAAUAGGAAUCAUACAUGCUUUGAUGAGGCAGCAGAAACAAUUCUAGAAUUGGUUCGGACAAAUUCAUUUUUACCGUGGUAUUGUCAACAAAAGACAGAAAGGAGUUGUACCCUAUCACCUUCUUUAUCAGUACCUAAUUAUUGCAGUGAUCGACUUAGUUUUUCUUCUUUUCGAUCCGUCACUAGUAUGGGGUCCUUUUGUAGUCAUCUUUUUGUGAGCGAAAAAAGAAACAAGUUAUCUCGUCUCUUUGAGCGUAAAAAGCAAGCAUGGAUCAUCAAAAUGAAAAGAGUAAUUACAUAAUCACACUCUUCUUAUUUCUAGGCUUGCUUAGAAACAUGAAGACUUUUCUUGAU